AUGCUCGCAACCAACCAAAAGAUUCGCGUCCUGGGCCUUCCAGGUCAUGCGCAGAGUGCAAAGCUCCUGGAGGGCAAGCUCGCUCGGCACAUGCACAUCUGGGGAGACGACAUUGAGCUCGUCACGAUGGACCCAGCCUACUCCCUCCUCAUGCCGACUCUCGACAGUUCCGACUUCACCGAACUCCUCAACCCGGCUUUCUCCUGGUGGGAUUGGUCUACACACUACAAGUACAAGCCGGGAGAGUUCGAAGGCGCACUUCGACACCUGCGGCAAUUCAUGGAGGAGAACGGACCUUUCGACGCCGUCUUUUCCUUCUCGCAAGGCGCCGCUAUGGCGGUUCUCCUCCUCGCCCUGCUCGAGAACCCGGAUCUGCACCCGGCAUGGACGGCUGGACCGUCGAAGGAAGGCGUCGAGUGGCCGCCUGCGCCGCUCAAGUGCGCCGUUCUUUGCAGCGCUUUCGGACCGCUCGACCCCGACUUUGCGCGCUGGUUCUUCGGUCGUCGACCCAUCAUUCCCACUCUCCACGUCAUCGGGAAGAACGACGUCGUCGCCGACCCCCAGCUGUCCCUCGACACUGUCGCUCGUUUCGCAGAUGCUCGCGUCGUCUGGCACGACGGAGGUCACCACAUCCCGCGUAAGCCCUACUACGCCCACCUCAUCAAGGAAUUCAUCCUCUCCUCCUGCGAAAUGCACGACUGGCGGGUGGACGAAGAGCAAGGCGGCUGGGGAACGCCGACAGAGUCCGUCUCAAGCAGCGUCGGCGAAGGAAACGAGUACUUCCCGGCGAUGCCGCUCGUCGCGGAGGACGUCGUUGCGCACUUCUGA